AUGGGCGAGGCGUGCGAGCUGAGCGUGUGUGGGAACGAGCGGGCGAUUGUGCCGGGCUUGUAUGCGACGUACUAUGAGGGAUAUGCGUUUGAUGAGCGGCGGAUAGGGCUGGCGGUGCCGGAGGUGGCGUUUGACCUGGGCAACGGCGGGCCGAGUCCGGACGUGUCUGUGGACGACUUUAGCGCGACGUUUGUGGGGUUUGUGCGGCCAACGACGACGGGCUGGUAUCGGUUUCGGCUGCGGUGUACCAAUGGGGCCUGCGGCAUGUAUCUGAACCAGAGCGCUUAUGCGGACUCUGGCAACGGGCUUUUGCUUGUGGGCGGCGAGUCGGUGCGCGUGAAGCUGGAGUGGCAGCAUACGAGCUACGGCACGACGGCGGUGUUUGAGUGGCAGGGUCCGUAUGAGAGCGCUGCGGUGGCGCAGGGCGCGGACGAGUCGCUGUUUGUGGGAGUACCGUCGCAUGCGCUGUUGCAUGAGGUUGUGUGUACGGGAGGCUGCGGGGGGCGCGGGUGCUGCGUGGCACCGGAGACGUGUGCAUGUGAGCCCGGGUUUGGCGGGCCGGGUUGUGAAGUGGACCUCGAUACGUGUGGGCUAGAUGCUCCGGGUGGCUCUUUGGUGCCCGGGGGCCUCCGAGCGCGCUAUUACGAUGCUCUGCUGGAAGACGCGCUGGUAACGGACGGCUCGGUGGCAUAUGGCGACGCCGGUGUUGUGGCCAGAGUGAGCUUUGACUGGGGCUAUGAUGCACCGGUGAGCAACGUGUCUGGGGACUACUGGACCGGCGUAUACGUGGGGCGACUGGUGUCUGAGCAAACGGGCUGGCAUCGGCUGCGCGUGGACGGAUCUGGGACGGUUGGGCGCCUGUAUGUGGGCGGUGUUCGGCUGUUCUCGUGGAGUGCGGCCUGGACCCAAGCCGUGUAUCUGGUGGGUGGACGAUCGUACGAGGUGCGGCUCGAUGUCCAGGACGAGACGUUUACGGCAGGAGUGACACUGUUCUGGGAGGGCCCGAACUUUAUCGAGCACGUCAUUCCAUCCUCGGCGCUGCUCCACUACGAGAGCGGCUUUGCAUGUGGAUGUGGGGCCAGUGGCUGCAAUGGCGGUGACCGAGGCGUGUGUAACGGUGGACUGUGUGUGUGCUCGGGUGCCUACGUUGGUGCCUCGUGUGAGCACUUUCGGUGCCGAUCGGAUGAGUGCCGUUUUACAGAUGCGUGCCACGACCCAGCCUACGGUAGCCAGGACGCCGAGUGCAACGGACAGGGCCGCUGUGUGGCAGGACUGUGUGAAUGCUAUGACGGGUUUGUGGAUCUGAGCCAAUGCACGCGGACGGGCUGUGCCACGGACGAGGGGUGCUCGGGACAUGGAAGCUGUGGCAGCGACGGGCAGUGCGUGUGCGAGGCCGGAUACAUGGGCGAGGCGUGCGAGCUGAGCGUGUGUGGGAACGAGCGGGCGAUUGUGCCGGGCUUGUAUGCGACGUACUAUGAGGGAUAUGCGUUUGAUGAGCGGCGGAUAGGGCUGGCGGUGCCGGAGGUGGCGUUUGAUCUGGGCAACGGCGGGCCGAGUCCGGACGUGUCUGUGGACGACUUUAGCGCGACGUUUGUGGGGUUUGUGCGGCCAACGACGACGGGCUGGUAUCGGUUUCGGCUGCGGUGUACCAAUGGGGCCUGCGGCAUGUAUCUGAACCAGAGCGCUUAUGCGGACUCUGGCAACGGGCUUUUGCUUGUGGGCGGCGAGUCGGUGCGCGUGAAGCUGGAGUGGCAGCAUACGAGCUACGGCACGACGGCGGUGUUUGAGUGGCAGG